ACUUGCGAGUGUCUACGUGAGGCAGCUGUGCGGUGCAUUCGCCUCAACCGAAUACGCGGAUCACUUGUGGAAAAUGACGAAAAUCACAGUAGUCAAAACCAAGGCUUAUCCUGACCAGAAGCCUGGCACGAGUGGACUGAGGAAAAGGGUGACAGUCUUUCAAACGAAUGAGCACUAUGCGGAGAACUUCAUUCAAAGCAUUAUCUCUUGCAUCGAACCAGCGGAGCGUCAGCCUGGACUGCUCGUAGUGGGAGGCGAUGGAAGGUUUUUCAUGAAAGAUGCCAUUAAGUUGAUCAUCCAGAUCGCCGCUGCUAAUGGGAUAGGCCACCUGGUCAUUGGUCAGAAUGGCAUCAUGUCCACCCCCGCUGUGUCCUGUGUGAUCCGCAAGCUCAAAGCCGUGGGAGGAAUCAUCCUCACGGCCAGCCACAACCCCGGUGGCCCUAAAGGAGACUUUGGCAUCAAGUACAACAUCGCCUCCGGAGGUCCUGCGCCAGAGGGAAUCACAGACAAAAUAUUCCAGAUCAGCAAGAGCCUAACAGAGUACCACAUCUGCCCCGACCUCAAGGUUGACAUCUCCAAGAUCGGCAAGCAGACCUUUGAGGUGGACACAUUCAAGCCCAUGACAGUGGAGAUCAUGGACUCUGUGGAGUCCUACGCUGAGAUGCUGAGGGGAAUCUUCGACUUCAAUGCCCUAAAACAGCUUGUGUCUGGAGCCAAUCACAUUAAAGUCCGUCUGGACGCCAUGCACGGAGUGGUUGGACCCUACGUGAAGAAGAUCGUCUGUGAGGAGUUGGGUGCUGCCGCCGACGGUGCCUUCAACUGUGUCCCCAAGGAGGACUUUGGUGGUCAUCACCCUGACCCCAAUCUGACCUACGCCUCUGACCUGGUCAACGCCAUGAAGGGAGGAGAGUACGACCUCGGAGCRGCCUUUGAUGGUGACGGUGAUCGUAACAUGGUCCUUGGAAAGCAUGGCUUCUUUGUCAACCCCUCUGACUCUGUGGCCAUCAUUGCAGCCAACAUCACUUGCAUCCCCUACUUCCAGAAGACUGGGGUCAAAGGUCUGGCCCGCAGCAUGCCCACCAGCGGAGCUCUGGACAAUGUGGCUAAAGCCUUGAAGAUGAAUCUGUAUGAGACUCCUACUGGCUGGAAGUUCUUUGGUAACCUGAUGGAUGCUGGCAAGCUGUCUCUGUGCGGAGAGGAGAGCUUCGGCACUGGCUCUGAUCACAUCCGUGAGAAGGACGGCUUGUGGGCGGUGCUGGCCUGGAUGUCCAUCCUAGCCCACAGGAAGCAGAGUGUGGAGGAGAUCAUGAAAGACCACUGGAACAAAUUUGGCAGGAACUUCUUCACCAGGUAUGAUUAUGAAGAAGUGGACUCAGACAAAGCCAACACCAUGAUCAAGGAGCUUGAGGCUAAGAUGUUUGACAAGUCCUUUGUGGGCCAGAAGUUCUCAUCGGGAGAUAAGAGCUACGAGGUGGCUGUCUCUGACAACUUUGCCUACACCGACCCUGUGGACGGCAGCGUCUCCAAGAACCAGGGUCUGAGGAUCGUCUUCUCCGACGGCUCCAGGAUCAUCUUUCGUCUCAGUGGGACAGGCAGCGCCGGUGCGACCGUCAGGCUCUACAUAGACAGCUAUGAGAAGGACCCCGCCAAAAUCUACGGCGACGCACAGGUCAUGCUGAAAACCUCUGGUGGGAGAUGCGCUGAAGUCUCUGGGCUCCAUGAGAGACGGCCGCACCGGGCCACUACUGCUAGCCCCUGUGCCCCCCGACUUGGAUCAGACUGCUGGUCCUCUGCCCCCCCACCUGUGAUCAGACUCAGCGUAGCCCUCGCGCCCCACUGUGAUCACGUAGACUGCUGCGCCCUGCCCCCCACAUGUGAUCCCAAGACUCGCGUAGCCCUGCCCCCCACUGUGAUCAGACUGCUAGCCCUGCCCCCCACUGUGAUCAGACUGCUAGCCCUGUCACACCCUUCCAGGUAA